AUGACCGUCACUCGUUCCCAAACGGGGAAAACCCCCAAGAAAGUGGACCGCCCCGGCUUCAUCGAGACCCCCGGUCGCCGGGUAACGCGCAGCAGCGUGGCCCCCGAGGAUGCCUUCGACUCCGCCGCUGAAGUCCAGGACCGAUCCAAGUCCGCCCCCCGAAGACGCGCCUCGCCCAGGGUCAAGACCGAAGAAAUUGAGGAGAACACCAAGCUGGCGACCAACGGACGUGCCGAUGCUCCCACGGGCAAGAAGACACGGAUUGUGGACGGCUGGGAAGAGGGCAAGGACCCCCGGGUCGACUACAGCGGCCACUUCGAAUUCGGAGGCUCCUGGGGCGUGUUGUCCAUGAUGAUUGGAUUCCCGCUGCUGAUGUACUACAUGUGGAUUGGGGCCACCUACUAUGAUGGCAAGUUCCCUCGUCCCGCCGAGGGCCAAAGCAUGUCGGACUUCUUUGCUCAUCUGGGACACUUGGUAUACGAGGGCGCGUUUCCGUCCCUCAAGGCCUGGACAAUUUAUUGGGUGUUCUUCGUCUUUGAGGGAAUCUGCUACCUGUGCCUUCCGGGAAUCACGGUCAUGGGUCGCCCUCUGCCGCACCUGGGAGGGAAACAGUUGCCCUACUACUGUUCGGCUGUGUGGUCCUUCUACACCACCAUUGCGCUGGCAUCGUUGCUCCAUUUUACCGGUGUCUUCAAGCUGUACACUAUCAUCGACGAGUUCGGCCCUCUGAUGAGCGUUGCCAUCCUCUCUGGAUUCAUUGUUUCGUUCGUGGCCUAUUUCUCCACGUUGGCCCGUGGGGCCGAGCACCGCAUGACCGGCCAUCACAUCUAUGAUUUCUUCAUGGGUGCUGAGCUCAACCCGAGAAUGUUUGGAGUCUUGGACUUCAAGAUGUUCUUCGAAGUCCGCCUCCCUUGGUACAUCCUUCUCUUCGUUACCCUGGGCGCCGCAGCCCGGCAGUACGAGGUUUACGGCUAUGUCUCCGGUGAGGUCGGGUUCCUGCUCCUGGCGCACUUCCUGUACGCCAACGCCUGCUCCAAGGGCGAAGAGUGCAUCGUGUCUACAUGGGACAUGUACUACGAAAAAUGGGGCUUCAUGCUGAUCUUCUGGAACCUGGCGGGUGUUCCCUUGAGCUACUGCCACUGCACUAUCUACCUGGCCAACCACGACCCGGCAACGUAUCACUGGAACCGGUACUUCCUCACGUUCCUCUACGUCGCGUACCUCUUCGUGUACUGGGUGUGGGACACGACCAACAGCCAGAAGAACCGGUACCGCCAGCAGGAGCGCGGCACCAUGGUGUUCCGCAAAACGUUCCCCCAGCUUCCCUGGCAGACGGUGAAGAACCCCAAGACCAUCACGGCUGAGGAUGGCUCGAAGAUCCUGGUCGACGGUUGGUACGGCAAGGCCCGCAAGAUCCACUACACCUGCGACCUAUACUUUGCGCUGAACUGGGGCUUGAUCACCGGGUUCAACAGCCCCUUCCCUUGGUUCUACCCCCUCUUCUUUGCCUGCAUGAUCACCCACCGUGCGAUGCGCGAUAUCGAGCGCUGCCGUAACAAGUACGGCGAGGCAUGGAGGGAGUACGAGAGACAGGUGCCUUACCUGUUCAUUCCGGCCGACGGCAGCGGAUCCAUGCGGAUCUAUGUCUUCCACCCCACCAUCCCGGGAUACCCCAAGGCGCGGUUCCCCGGUGUUGUGGUGUUCAGUGAGAUUUACCAGGUAACCGGCCCCGUGGCGCGGUUCGCUCGCCAAAUCGCCGGACAGGGAUACAUCUGCGCGGCGCCGUCCAGCUAUCACGAAUUCACGGGGCCGGAGGCCCUGAAGUAUGAUGCUGAGGAUACGGAUCGGGGGAAUGAGUGGAAGAUUAGCAAGAAAAUCGCCGCCUACGACGAAGACGCCUCGCUGAGCGUCGACUAUCUGCUGUCGCUGCCCACGUGCAACGGCCGAGUGGGCGCGACGGGUAUGUGCCUGGGUGGACAUCUGGCGUAUCGGUGCGCGCUGGACAGCCGCGUAAAAGCGGCGGUGUGCUACUUCGCCACCGACAUCCACAGCCGGACGCUGGGCAAGGGCAAGAAUGAUGAUAGUUUGGCGCGGGCGGGCGACAUCAAGGGGGAGAUGCUUAUGAUUUUCGGGAAAAACGACAAUCAUGUUCCGCCCGAGGGAAGGGAUUUGAUUCGCAAGACCCUUCAUGAGAAGGGCGUUCUGUUUGGGUUUUAUGAGGUGGCUUGGGCGCAGCAUGCGUUCAUCCGCGAUGAGCUCAGCAAGGGACGGUAUGACCCUGCGAUUAGCAAGGUGUGCUUCGAGAUGUUGCUGGAGCUGUUCGGCCGGACGCUGAAGCUGGAUCUGGGCGAGCACGACGGGAAGGAGCUGGAAAUUGAGGAUGUGUGUUGA